CCUUCCUGUGUUUAAUAACGACUGCGGUCACUGAUCUGAGAGCAGCUGGUUCAGCGUCAAAUUGACAAUUUUAAUGAUAUUGAAUAACUAAAACAGACUCCAGAACAGUAGUUUCUGUGCCGUAUUUCCCCUUGCUUUAUCACGUUUUGUGAAACUUGCAGCCGCUUCCUGGUCUCCGCAGUGGUUCUGUGAAGGUCCACCAUGGCUCUGAGUGUUUUAUAUCACAGUCUGGGCUGCCGGCUGGUCCACAGCAAAGCCCUACAGAGCCGAGCCGUCAGACUCACACACACCGUUUUACAGAGAGAAGCCGGACUGAAACACACGCUGUCCCCGCAGAGGCUCCACUGCUACCUGGCGAACGUGAACCAGAGACACACCUGCAGAACAACACAGUGGCUCAGUCAGAACUGCUCGAGAACAUUUUCCUCAUUGCCUCCUCAGCCCCCAUCAGGCGGUAAAGCCAAGAAAUCUGGGCCUGUGACGUGGAAAUCGUUAGCAAUAACACUUGCUAUUGGAGGCACUCUGCUGGGAGCGAUGAAAUAUUUCAAAAAAGAAAAGGAGGAGCUGAUCCAAAAAGAGAGAACCAAAUCGGUGGGGAAAGCAGCGCUGGGCGGUCCGUUCUCUCUAAUUGAUCACAACAAUAAGCCUUCAAAGAGUGAAGACUUCUUUGGUCAGUGGAUCCUCAUCUACUUUGGGUUCACUCACUGCCCUGACAUCUGCCCAGAUGAGAUAGAGAAAAUGAUUGAGGUGGUGGAGGAAAUAGACAAAAUAAAGACUCUUCCUGACUUGACACCGAUCCUCAUCACCAUCGAUCCUGAAAGGGACACAGCAGAGGCCAUGGCUGCGUACGUGAAAGAGUUUUCCCCAAAACUGAUUGGUCUGACGGGGACAACAGCUCAGGUUGAGGAAGUCUCCAGAGCCUACAGAGUUUACUUCAGUCAGGGGCCCAAAGAUGAAGACAACGACUACAUAGUUGAUCACACAAUCAUCAUGUACCUCGUGGAUCCCGACGGAGAGUUUGUGGACUAUUUUGGACAAAACAAAAGAAAUACAGAGAUCGCCGCUGCAAUAGCAGGACACAUGAGAAGAUACAAGAAGAGAGCCCAGUAAAGCCCACCGUGGACUGAUGGAUUCUGCCCUCAGGUGUUUCUGUUCACCACUCCUGUCUUAUAUUGGCCUUUAUUUAUUUUGAUUACACUGUUAUAUAAAGAUUUACUGUAUGUCUGCAUUGACAUUCCUUUCAGUGGUGUGACGCCUGAUGCUGCCGUUUUGCUCUCCGUGAUUUUACAUUUUACACUUUGCACUGCUGCUGAAUGGACAUAAUAUGGAAAAAUGCUUCCAGCUUUACAAAAAUUAUACACAAAAAACUCUAAUAAGCUCAACGUUUCAGAUUUCUGAUGCAGACUAUGAGGAAAUGACUGAAGACAAAGGAUGUUUGAUUUUUGUGAUUUAAAAAAAACCAGAAGACAACUAUAUGGGUUUUUUUUUCUGUGUGUUUGAUAGACUGGUACAAAUGUAGUUUGAAAAGUGCCAAAAAAAAAUAUUGAGACUCUAGCGACUCCUAGUGGUGGUAUCUGAUAAGACACAACAGCACACUGCACCAGUUUUCACCAGGAUGGGUUCAUUUUUCUAAAAACACGUCUUUUAAAUGAUUUGACUGGUACUGAGCUGCAGCUUUUGUCUCUGGAGAGAAUGUAGUGACUCAGAAACAUGUACGAUUCCUCAUAGAUAAUUAUUCUAACUUUAUUUGUGUAACAAUUUGAAACAGUAACAACAUGCUUUACAGUUUACACAAAGGAUUGCAGGAAUUUAAUCCAGAACAUGACUCUAAAACAAGACAACAUUCAGUUAAGAAUAAAAGUAAGUGCAAGAAGAA